GUAAGUGUGAACUCAGAUGAGACAGGCUGUGAGGAGAGGUCAGAUCUGAGCUUCUGUGGCCGAGUCUGAGACAGAGAGAGAGAGAGAGAGAGACAGAAAGAGAGAGACAGAGCGAGAGGGGACAGUUUUGGGAAGUUUGCGGAUCUAAGGACACUUAACAGCACACAGCACUGAGGAGACACUGCAGCAGCGGUCAUGUUUUGUGCAUUUCCUGGCCCAGGGUCAGCCAGCAACUCACUCAUGUAUCACUAUGGCAAUGGGAAAGCGGUGUAUUCUCCGUCUCCAAAUGCAGAGGAUCUGAAGAGGGAUUCGGCUUCCUACUCAUCAUUCAGACUGCCCAGCCAGAACUUCACAAAUGCAUUUUUUGAUGGGACAAACAGCUCCACAGACCCCUGGAGCUCAUCCAGUGGGAUCAGCCCAUCGGGUCAUGGAGGCAUGCUGGGUUCCCCACCAUCCAGCCAAUCACCGCCCGGGAACUAUGGCAACCUGCCAACACAUGACCGUCUGAAUGUACUACCAAAUUCAGCACUACCUGAAGCCAGCAAGCGUCUUCCGCCAAUGUCCACUUUUCACAGAGGCAGUGGCAACGCCACACUUUUUGUGUCUGCACCCCAUACUGCACCAGCCAAUACCACAGACAGGUCCAUGGGUGGGCAGGGGGGACAUGUUGGAAGCUCACACACUGGAGAUGCUCUUGGAAAAGCCCUGGCUUCUAUUUAUUCCCCUGAUCACACCAGUAGCAGUUUUCCAUCCACUUCUUCCACUCCGGGGAGAUCCCCAUCACCUCUGGCUGCCUCUACAGUUUCAGCAGGAGCCAACCAAUGGCCUCGAUCAGCUGGACAGCCAUCACUGCCGUCCAAUUACGAUAACUCUCUGCAGUCGCUGAUCGAGGACAGACUGGACAGACUAGAUGAUGCCAUUCAUGUCUUAAGAAACCACGCAGUGGGUGGGACGAAUAUCCCCCUGAACAAUGACUUACGGAGCCUUAUUGGACAGACACAACACGGACCAAUCACAAUGAGGUCUAACUACCCCAUCUCAGGACAAGUGACAAACGGAUUACCAACAGAUAUGUCCGUUGACCCAGGUGAGGCUGCUCAUUUGGCCGUACACUCUUCAGCUGCUCCUUCUUCUUCUGAUCUCACUAAUCAGGAAGACAGCUUCAGAGCUCUGGCUGCAGGGCUGCUCUCUAAUGUGUCUCCAGGCUGUCUUGAAGUGAAAGUGGAGCCAGCUGAUGGGGAGGAAUUUAGAUUGCACCAGGCGCACCCUGCCCACCCGCUUCACCCCCCUCAUUCCAGCUGCCUGUCUCACCUCUCCUCGGACGGCUUGCACUCCGAUGCAGAGAGUGACACCCGAGAGCUAGAAACAGCCAGUGCUGGUGCAGCCACCAGGAACAGCAGCAUCCAUGAGGAUGAGGAUUUGUCUCCGGAGCAGAAGGCCGAGCGGGAGAAGGAGAGGAGGAUGGCGAACAACGCCCGCGAGCGUCUGCGUGUGAGGGACAUCAAUGAGGCCUUCAAGGAGCUGGGCCGCAUGUGCCAGCUGCACCUGAAGAGCGAUAAACCCCAGACCAAACUGCUCAUCCUUCACCAAGCCGUCGCAGUAAUCCUAAGCCUAGAGCAACAGGUCCGGGAACGUAAUCUCAACCCUAAGGCAGCAUGUCUGAGAAGGAGAGAGGAGGAGAAGGUGUCGGCCCUGACGCUUGACCCCCACGCCAUGCACACAGUCAUCCACACAGCACUAUCUGACCAAAUCAACAGCCUGUCUGGACAUCUCUGACUGAAUGUGUGAGGCUUGUGUAUGUGAGUGUGUCUGUGUGUGUGUGUGUGUGUGUGUGUGUGUGUGUGUGUGUGUUUGGGUUAAUUCCAUAAACUGCAGUAUUUUAUGAUAACCAGAUAUGUUUGACAAGCAUACACUCAAUUUUAUAGCACUUUCCUAGCCAUUAGCAUUAUAAUUGACUUUAAAGAGAGAUGUAAAUUUUACACUGUUUAUAUGUACACAGUUACCUGACAAACCAGUUUGUUUUCCCACAUUCAUACUGUUUUCUGGGAAACAACACGCAGUUCUGAGAAUCAUUUAGCAUUCUCCAGUGGCAAUCCAGAUUUUUACAAGAUAAUGAAAGAGGAAUAUACAAAAAACACUCAAAAAUUGUACAAAUCAUGCCCUUUUAUACCAUUACUGAUACCAUGGACUUCAAUGCAAUAGUUGU